GCCACACAAAUAUAUAUACAUGCCAUAGUACACUCAAUCAUUUACAUAACCAAAAAAACAUUAAAGCUGAAAUCACCAGAAUCCUUACCCUAAGUCAAGAAAAUGGUGAACACUAAUCUGAACAAAAAUGGUGGCCUUAGAGCAAUGGCGAAUUUCGGCCACCAUUUUUUCACAGGCCGAUGGUUCAUGGUUUUCGCUUCCCUUUUAAUCAUGUCAAUGGCUGGUGCAACUUACAUGUUUGGUCUUUACAGUGGAGAAAUCAAAUCGUCGUUAGGAUAUGAUCAAACGACGUUAAAUUUGUUAAGUUUCUUCAAAGAUUUAGGUGGUAAUGUUGGGAUUAUUGCAGGCCUAAUAAAUGAGGUAACUCCACCUUGGGUUGUUUUAUUUAUAGGAGCAAUUAUGAACUUUUUUGGGUAUUUUAUGAUAUGGUUAUCAGUUUCAGGACAUAUAGCUAAACCUGCUAUUUGGCAAAUGUGUUUGUAUAUUUGUAUUGGUGCAAAUUCACAAACAUUUGCUAAUACGGGUGCUUUAGUUACUUGUGUUAAGAAUUUCCCAGAAAGUAGAGGAAGUCUUUUAGGAUUAUUGAAAGGUUUUGUUGGCUUAAGUGGUGCUAUUAUUACUCAAUUAUACCAUGCUUUUUAUGGAAAUAAUGGUAAGUCUUUGAUUUUACUAAUUGGUUGGUUGCCAGCAGUUGUGUCUUGUAUUUUUCUUCGAACGAUUCGGAUUAUGAAAGUUGUUAGACAGGCUAAUGAGACCAAAAUUUUCUACAAAUUUCUCUAUAUUUCACUUGGUCUUGCUGGUUUUAUCAUGAUUAUUAUUAUCGUUCAAAAUAAGGUCAAUUUCACAAGGCCAGAGUAUUCAGGUAGUGCAGCAGUUGUACUAAUUUUGCUCUUUGCUCCUCUAGUUAUUGUCUUUAAAGAAGAUCUUAAACUUUGGAAUAUUAAACAACAAGCAUUGAAUGACCACCCUUUGAAAGUUGUUAGCGAAAAUCUAGCUUCAGUAGAACUAACUCAGCCUCAAAAGCUAGCUUCGAGUCCUGAAUUACCAAAAGAAUGUGAUGAAAAGACUACUUCUUGCUUUAGUAAUGUGUUCAAUCCACCACCAAGAGGAGAUGAUUAUACAAUAUUACAAGCACUUUUCAGUAUAGACAUGAUCAUUUUAUUCACAACUACAACAUUUGGCGUGGGCGGGACAUUAACUGCAAUCGACAACUUAGGCCAAAUAGGGAAGGCCUUGGGUUAUCCGGAGAAAAGCAUCACAACAUUUGUGUCACUAGUAAGCAUAUGGAAUUACCUCGGACGAGUUGUCUCUGGUUUUGUAUCAGAAAUCUUCUUGACAAAGUACAAAUGCCCUCGUCCUUUGAUGCUCACAUUAGUCCUCCUUCUCUCCUGUGCUGGUCAUCUUCUCAUCGCGUUUGGCGUCCCUAAUUCUCUCUAUAUCGCCUCUGUACUAAUGGGGUUCUGCUUUGGUGCUCAAUGGCCUUUAAUUUUCGCGAUUAUAUCUGAACUCUUCGGGUUAAAAUACUACUCUACAUUGUAUAAUUUUGGUGCUGGUGCUAGCCCUGUUGGUGCAUAUUUGCUUAAUGUUAAAGUGGCUGGACAUUUAUAUGAUAAAGUUGCUACUAAGCAAAUGUUAGCAAAAGGGCUAAAAAGGAAAGAUGGUGAAGAUUUAACAUGCAUUGGAGUGGAGUGUUACAAAUUGGCUUUUCUUAUAAUUACUGGAGCUACAUUGAUUAGUUGUGCUGUUUCCUUAAUUCUGGUGAUUAGAACAAGGAAAUUUUACAAAGGUGAUAUAUAUAAGAAGUUCAGAGAACAAGCUAUUGUUAUUGAUGAUCUUGAACAGAUAAGAGUCUCAGAGGUAUCAUCAUCAGCAACAUUACAAACAGCUGCAGAUUCUUCUCCAAAAAUCCAACAAAAAAAGAUAGGGUAGCCAGGUGCACAAAACAUCUCGCAUUCACGUGGAGUUCGGGGAAAGGUCGUACCUCAAGGGGUGCGUUGUAAACAACUUACCUUAAUGCAAGCAUUGGUGGUUGCUUCCACAGCUCGAACGCGUGUCAUAUAGAUUAUACGGACAACUUUAUCGUUGCUUCAAGACUCCCGAUGCAUUGUAUAAUGUUCAAUAGAUGUAUAAUUAGAGGAUUAUUUUUAAAAAAGCUUUUAAUGAUUCUAGGGGAAUUGAUUAAAGAACAAGUUACUGCACAUAAAGUUGCUUAUCUAAGCUUGUGAACUUAGAAUGACUAUUUUUAGUAGUACGCUUGGUCAUUGAUUCUA